CUGGUUUAUAUCGAAGUUGUUUUUCUCCAUCUGCUGUUGUUGAAGAUCCGCAGACCAACCAGACGAGCAGUUCAGAUUUGGUGACUUUGACCAGAUAAAGCUUAGAGUUGAAGCAACAAAAGCGCUCCUAUGUUGGUAAAAGAAGAUGAAAGGACAUGAUUUGGGAAAGGACUUUCUGGCAUCUGGUUCUGCGUACAGGGCCGUACCGUCCAGAGAGACCGUACCCGGACCUGAAGCGGACCAUUACGAGCUGUCUAAAGUGCAGGAUGCUUUUGAAACGGCAGCGAGAGCUGAGGGUGGCCUCUCAUUGGAUGGGGGCAGUGCAUCUGACCCAAAAGAGUUGGAGGACGAAGUCGGGAGAAGCAAAUACCACCACAGUGUUUGUGUACUCAAGCCCAUCCGCUCCACCAGCAAGUAUCAGCAUCCAGUCGACAACGCUGGCCUCUUCUCCUUUAUGACAUUUAACUGGUUGGCCUCACUGGUGGUGUUGGCCCAUAAGAAGGGUCAGCUGUUUCUGGAGGAUAUUUGGGCUGUGUCGCAGUUCGAGAGUUGUGAAGUCAAUCGUCACCGGCUGGCCGGGCUGUGGGAUGAAGAAGUCAGGUCACGAGGGGACGGGGCGUCUCUUCAUCGUGUGGUCUGGCAUUUUUGCCGCACGCGUCUGCUGCUGUCCAUCCUCUGCCUUAUGGUUACUCAACUCGCAGGCUUCAGUGGCCCAGCGUUUGUGGUGAGGCGGUUGCUGGAGUAUAUGCAGAUGAGCGAACCCGACCUGCCCUACGGCUUGCUGCUGGUGCUGGGCCUCUUGGCCACCGAGCUGAUUCGCUCCUGGUCCCUCGCCCUCACCUGGGCGCUCAACUACCGCACUGGCACCCGCCUGCGUGGAGCCAUCCUGACCUUGGCCUUCCACAAGAUACUGCGUCUGCGCAGCCUUCGGGAGAAGACCAUGGGAGAGCUGAUCAAUAUGUGUUCGAGUGACGGGCAGCGCAUGUUUGAAGCCGCUGCCAUGGGCAGCCUGUUGGCUGGAGGCCCCCUGGUGGCCGUGCUGGGAAUGGCAUACAACUUAUCCGUAUUGGGGCCGACGUCUCUGCUAGGCUCUGCCGUAUUCAUCCUCUUCUACCCCACUAUGAUGUUUAGCUCCAGACUGACGGCGUACUUCAGGAGGAAGGGAGUAGCCAUGACUGACCAGCGUGUUCAAAAGAUGAAUGAGAUUCUGAACUACAUCAAGUUCAUUAAGAUGUAUGCCUGGGUGAAGGCCUUCUCUCAAGCUGUGCGAAGAAUUAGAGAUGAGGAGCGUCAGAUUCUGGAACAAACAGGAUAUUUUCAGAGCAUUACAGUCGGCGUGGCACCUAUCGUCGUGGUGAUUGCCAGUGUGGCCACAUUCUCCACCCACAUGUUGCUAGGUUAUGAUCUUACCGCUGCACAGGCAUUUACUGUCGUCACUGUUUUCAAUGCCAUGACCUUUGCCUUAAAGGUCACCCCAUUUUCUGUCAAAUCUCUAUCGGAGGCAUCUGUCGCCAUCGAUAGGUUCAAGAGUUUGUUCAUGAUGGCCGAGGUCAAGAUGAUCCGUGAGCUCCCAAGUAAUCCUUCCGUUGCCAUAGAGAUGACUGGUGCCAGUUUGGCUUGGGAGACGGGCGGACACAGCGCCCAGCCUUCGCCUCGCGGUACACCCUAUGUAGGCCUUGGAAUUAGAGGGUGUCAUAAGAAGCGCCGGCAGCGUGACGACCCAAAACAUCACGGGAUGUUGGAAGAGGAAACGCAUGGCCAGCUGUUGAAUGAUGUGUCUGUAGACAUGGCGUCCAGUCCUGACGAUCAAGCCCUUCAAGUGCCGACCAUUAGCCAACGGCUGCAAAGAACUCUUCACUGCAUCGAUCUCUCCAUACAAAAGGGGAAGCUGGUCGGUGUCUGUGGCAGUGUGGGAAGCGGCAAAACUUCUCUCAUCUCUGCCAUUCUUGGCCAGAUGACUCUUUUAGAGGGGAUUGUUGCUGUAAAUGGAGAUUUUGCAUAUGUGGCACAACAGGCCUGGAUUCUCAAUGCAUCCUUCCGUGACAAUAUCCUGUUUGGCAAGGAAAUGGAGGAAGAGAGGUAUCAGGCUAUUCUGAGUGCUUGCUGCUUGAGACCAGACUUGGCCAUCCUCCCUAAUGCUGACCUGACUGAGAUUGGAGAACGUGGUGCCAACCUGAGCGGCGGGCAGCGUCAGCGGAUAAGCCUGGCUCGAGCUUUAUACAGCAACAGGGGUAUUUACAUACUUGAUGACCCUUUAAGUGCUCUGGAUGCUCAUGUCGGAAAUCACAUCUUCAACAACGCCAUCAGAAAACAUCUGCGUGGCAAGACUGUCAUCUUUGUCACUCACCAGCUACAGUAUCUGGUGGACUGUGAUGACGUGAUCUUCAUGCGUGACGGCAGCAUCACAGAGCAGGGCAGCCAUGAGGACCUGAUGAAUCUGAAUGGAGACUACGCCGCCAUGUUUAACAACCUUCAACUGGGAGAAACACCAAUCAUUGAGGUUCCGAAUAAGAACUCUGGGAGUUCCUUGAAGAAACCCUUAGAGAACAAGAAGGCAGGAUCUGUCAAAAAAGAAAAAACGGCCAACCAGGGUGAUGGUCAGCUGAUGCAGGUGGAGGAGAGAGGGAAAGGCUCAGUGCCCUGGGCGGUGUACAGAGUCUACAUCCAGGCUUUAGGAGGGUGGCCCGUCUUCCUCUUCAUCCUUGCCCUCUUUGUUCUCAAUGUGGGCAGCACAGCCUUCAGCAACUGGUGGCUCAGCUACUGGAUCAAACAGGGCAGCGGGAACACGACGGUGCAGGUGGGGAACAGUUCAGUACUGAGUGAGAGUAUGCGUGAUAACCCUCUGAUGCAACACUAUGCUGCUGUCUACACCAUGUCUAUGGGAAUCAUGCUCAUUCUCAAACUACUGAGAGGCAUUAUGUUUGUUAAGGGUACUCUGCGUGCCUCCUCGAGGCUCCAUGAUGAACUUUUCCAGAAGAUUCUUCGUAGUCCCAUGAAAUUUUUUGACACGACGCCCACGGCUCGCAUCCUCAACCGAUUCUCCAAAGACAUGGAUGAAGUGGACACACGUCUGCCGUUCCAGGCUGAGAUGUUCAUUCAGAAUGUGAUUCUGGUGCUCUUCUGCUUGGGUGUGAUUGCCAGCGUGUUCCCGUGGUUCCUGGUGGCAGUAGGGCCGCUGGUCCUCCUCUUUAUAGUGCUGCACAUGGUUUCUCGGGUCUUCAUUCGAGAACUCAAACGAUUAGACAACAUCACACAGUCACCUUUCCUGUCCCACAUUGCCUCCAGCAUUCAGGGCCUGACCACAGUGCAUGCUUAUGGGAAAGAGGACGAAUUCCUUCACAGGUAUCAGGAGCUGCUGGAUCAGAACCAGGCUCCCUUCUAUUUGUUCAGCUGUGCCAUGCGCUGGCUGGCUGUGCGUCUGGAUGUGAUUAGCGUGGCUCUCAUUAGCAUCACGGCUUUGAUGAUCGUCCUCAUGCACGGCCAGAUUCCUCCUGCUUAUGCAGGCUUGGCCAUUUCCUAUGCCGUGCAGCUUACAGGGUUAUUCCAGUUUACUGUUCGCUUGGCCUCUGAGACCGAAGCUCGGUUCACCUCAGUAGAGAGAAUCCAUCAUUACAUCAAGUCUCUGUCUCUGGAGGCUCCUGCAAGGGUGAAAAACAAGGCUCCUCCAUCUGACUGGCCCCAGGAGGGUGAGAUCGUGUUUGAUGGAACGGAGAUGAAGUACAGAGACAACCUCCCAAUGAUACUGAAGAAAGUUUCCUGCUCCAUUCGACCAAAAGAGAAGGUCGGGAUUGUGGGACGAACAGGCUCAGGGAAGUCUUCUCUGGGAGUGGUUCUCUACCGGCUGGUAGAACCGUGUGGCGGCUCCAUUAAGAUUGAUGGUGUCAACAUUUGCAACAUUGGCCUUGCUGAUUUGCGCAGCAAACUGUCAAUCAUUCCACAGGAGCCAGUGCUUUUCAGUGGUACUGUCAGAUCCAACUUGGAUCCAUUUAACCAGUAUUCAGAGGAGCAAAUCUGGGAUGCCCUGGAGAGGACCCACAUGAAAGAAUGUGUGUCUCAGCUGCUUUUAAAGCUGGAGUCCGAAGUGGUGGAAAACGGGGAGAAUUUCUCCGUGGGUGAGAGACAGCUGCUCUGUGUGGCCCGAGUUCUUCUGAGACAGUGCAAGAUCUUGAUCCUGGAUGAGGCCACAGCGGCUAUGGACACAGAGACCGACUGUUUGAUUCAGGAGACGAUUCGGAAUGCGUUCCAGGACUGCACCACACUGACCAUUGCACAUAGAUUGCACACGGUGCUCAGCUGUGACCGUAUCAUGGUGCUCAAUCAGGGCCAGGUGGUGGAAUUUGACGAGCCGUCCAAGCUCUUGGCGAACGAAAACUCACGCUUCUGUGCGAUGCUGGCAGCGGUGGAGAACAAAAUCUCUGUAAGAGGCUAAAGGAUGUCCGAGCCAA